AUGGGCAUGUUUCUGAUCGAUGACAUAGAAUUCAAGCCCCCGACACCCCCCGUGCGCGACAUCCUCGGCGGCGCCGGAUCCUACUCUGCCCUGGGAGCGAGGCUCUUCUCCCCGCCACCGCUGACAUCGUCGGUCGGCUGGAUCGUAGACCAAGGCUCUGAUUUCCCUCCGGCCAUGUCUAUCUUCAUCGACAGCUGGGCCACGGCCGCCGUCAUCCGGAAGGACCCAAGCCGCCUCACCACACGCGGCUGGAAUGGGUACGGCGGCCUGGCAGACAAGCGGGCUUUCAGAUACAUGACGCCCAAGAAGCGACUUACAGCCCAAGACCUCACACCGGCUCUCCUACUUUCCCGCUCCUUUCACCUCAUUUGCUCGCCCACUCGUUGCCAGGAGCUCGUCGCCGAGAUCACCGCCCGCCGUAAACAACUGACUAGCCGCGAUGCCUCGUAUACAAAGCCGAUAUUCGUUUGGGAGCCGGUGCCCGACCUGUGCACCCCCGAGGAGCUCCUCAACUGCACAAACACCCUGCCCCACAUCGACAUAUGCAGCCCUAACCAUGCAGAGCUCGCCGGCUUCAUGGGCGACGAUGGCAUUGACCCAGAGACAGGCCAGGUCUCGAUGUCGGCCAUCGAGCGCUCCUGUGAGCAGCUGCUGGCCAGCAUGCCCCUACAGUCGUACGCCCUCGUCGUCCGCGCCGGCGACAAGGGCUGCUAUAUCGCAAAGAAUGGAGGCCGCAGAACCAAGCGUCAGCCCCGCCCCCGGAAGAACUAUGCCCACGGCGGACUGCAGCCCGACACCGACAUGGAGGCCCUCUUCGCCGGUCUUCUCCAGGACGAGGAUGGCUCUAUAGCCCGCGACGAGGUCGAAGUUGACGCGGGCACCGAGCACUGGGUUCCGCCGUAUCAUCAUGACCCGGCAAGCGUCGUCGACCCGACCGGUGGCGGCAACACUUUCCUCGGCGGACUCGCUGUUGCUCUGGCUCGAGGUCACACGCUGAUGGAGGCGGCAGCAUGGGGUUCCGUGGCUGCCAGCUUCGCCAUAGAGCAGGUGGGCAUGCCCGUCCUGGCCGCUGAGCCGGGUGGAUAUGAGACGUGGAAUGGGGACAGCGUGAGCCGGCGGCUUCAGCAAUUCAAGUCCUCAUUGCCAAAAACAGCACUCGAUGGUGACAUUCCACCGGCCAGCUCAUGA